AUAUUUACCUCUGACCCCUGAUACGACGGAAAGGAAAAACUGCCCGAGUCCCGGUUUACGCGAGGAGAAAAACCAUCGUAGAAAACAGGUUGGACAUGGCGACGGCAGGACAUGGGUCUCCCACCAGAGUAGAGCAGAACUGCCAUGAUGGGUCUCUCACCGGGGUUCCCCAGGUGGACUGCAACAAUGCUGAGGACCAGACAGCAGCACAAACGGUCAACAUGAAAACCGCUGUUGAGAAAACCUUCACGUGUGGGGAGUGUGGAUACAGCACAUCACGCAAGACUAACUUUUCUGUACAUAUGAGCCUCCAUACUGAAGAUUGGACCAGCUUGAAGCAACAGGAAGCAAAACACGCGAGCAAGAAACCCUAUAUGUGUGGGGAGUGUGGGUACAGAGCAGUUACAAAGUCUCAACUAUCUAAACAUAUGAGAAUCCAUACAGGUGAAAGACCCUACAAGUGUGACCAGUGCGACUAUUCUGCAUCACGGAAAUCUACCUUAGAUGACCAUAAAGCAAAACACAGUGGUGAGAAACCCUACAUGUGUGGGGAGUGUGGGUACAGGACAGCUCAAAGGUCAACCUUGUGUGAUCAUAUGAGAACCCAUACCGGUGAGAAACCCUACAUGUGUGGGGAGUGUGGAUACAGGGCUGCUCAGAAGGCUCAUUUAUCUGGACACAUGAAAACCCAUACAGGAGAAAAACCCUACAAGUGUGACCAGUGUGACUAUUCUGCUGCGCGGAAAUGCAAUUUAGACAAGCAUAUAGCUGCAAAACAUAGUAGUGAGACACGUAACAUGUGUCACAAGAAAACAAAAAAUUCUGCCUUGUCUGAUUCGGAACACAUUAGAACCCUCUUGGGGGAAACUCCUACAACUAUGACAGUGUGACUAUUCUGCAUCACCGAAGUCGACCAUAUAAAAUGACCAUAUAGCAUCAGAACACAGCAAUGACUCAUGAAUGAGGAACCCUACAUGUGUGCGGAGUGUGGGUACAGGACACGGUGUAAGUUUGGCUUAUCCUGUCAUAUGAGAAUCCAUAUAGGAGAAAAAAACUACAUGUGUGGGGAGUGUGGAUACAGAACAUCCAGGAAGUCUCACUUAUACAAAUCCAUACCGAUGAAAACAUACCGAUGUAAAACCCUUCAAGUGUGACUUGUGCGACUUUGCUACAGUUCACAAAUCUCACCUACCAAAACACAAGACAAUCCACACCGAAGCAACUAACAACUCUGCAUGUGGACUCAUGUGGAUUUUGGCAGUGCCUGUUUCAAGUAAGACCGCAACACCGAAAGACUCAUGAAAAGGUGGCACUACAUAGCCUCCGUUACAGUCUACAAACUAGGCAGUUGUUUUAUUGGGGGAGGGGAGGGGGGCGUUAGUUUCUGAUAUUCAGCAUUGGUUAGGUUCUCUUAUGCCCGGCGGGGAAAGGUUGAGACGGGGCAAACUCCUUUCCACGGCAAACUCCCUUUCUUCUUAUAAGAGAACAUAGCCAACAUUGAAAAUCGCAAACCAACGCCCCUCUCCC